AUGGCGACCACCUCAAGUACGAUUAAGGGUUAUAAUGCAGAACGUUAUUAUAUCGCUACUCAAGGGCCGAUGAGUAUCACUGAUGAAAAGCAAAGUAAUAAUCACGAUUGCACAAUCGAAGACUUUUGGACAAUGAUAUGGCAACAAAAUGUUAAUUGUGUAGUUAUGCUUACCGAAUGUAUCGGAGAACUUGAGAAAUGUGAUCAGUAUUGGCCAAAAGAAAUCGACAAAACUUGCCAAUAUGGAAAUAUAUUAAUUAGACUAGUGGAUAUAUUAGAUAAAUGCACAUACAUACAACGGAAAAUGGAGAUUGUUGUAAUUGGCCAAAAAAGAAGUAUAUAUCACUUACAGUUUAAAAACUGGCGAGAUUUUAGAGCACCACAAAACACCGAACACCUUAUAAAAUUUAUUCAAGAUAUUCACCAAUUAAAACCAAGUUUGCCGAUAGUUGUGCACUGCAGUGCUGGUGUGGGGCGAACUGGCGUACUGAUAGCUUUGGAUAUAUUAUUACAAAAAUUGAAAUAUGAAGGUGAUAUAGACAUUUUUAAAUGCAUCCGAACACUUCGUGAACAACGAUUCCGAAUGGUCCAAAGUUUUGAACAGUAUCUCAGCUUGUACCAAGCAAUCGCUUUUACCAUACAAACUGAUAUAAUUUGA